GCUAUAUCGAUUGUGCACCAUCUGCACCGAAAACACACGCCAAAUUUUUGCCCAAGCCAUACUUUAUGCGACUCUCCUGUAUCAGCUGAGAUCUACACCCGCACUAGCAUCCUGAUAAUUCCUUCUGCAGCGUCCCCAUGUUCGCUACUCCAGGGUGGAAUAUCUCCCCAGCCUCACUGGUGCAGCAGAAGCAAAAUCACAAGUCAAACCAGGCUCAGUCCACACGAAGUGAACCCUCGGUGAACAAGAAGAGGAAGAGGGACGUUCCACAAGAUGGUCAAGCCUCGAAAAUCAGCGGUUCCGAUCUAGAAAGACUCUGGAGUCAGCGCAAGGAUGCAAAGCCGUCACAGAAGCCUGCCACGGCGAAAUCGCAGCCAAGGCCUCAGUCACAACCGAAGGCCGUCACAACUAAGCCUGAUGCCAAUAAGGCUGUCGCAGAAGACGUGAGAGACAAGGCUCCGCCGAAAGUCGGGAAGAGGGACAAAGGGGCAAGAAAGCACACGGGGAGUGGCAGCAAACAUCAAGAGUCUCUGCCGCGCAAAGAAAGCCCUGAGCAAAGAGGUAGGAAUGGCAUUGAUAACACCAAUGAGCAGGGCGAUGUCUUCCCUCGCGGGUCUUCCGCAAAGAAUCUCGUUGCAUCUGCUCCUUCAUCACAACCGACAGCCAAGCUCACACCUCUUCAACUCAAGAUGCGUUCCAAACUGACGUCGGCCCGCUUCCGCCAUCUCAAUGAAACGCUGUAUACCACCUCAUCUUCAGAUGCCAUGUCCCUUUUCACGAACUCCCCGGACCUCUUCACCGAAUACCAUGCUGGUUUCUCUCAGCAAGUCAAAGAUUCAUGGCCGCAAAACCCGGUAGACAAUUAUGUCCGCACGAUCAAAACUCGCGGGCCUCUCAACUCGUCCCAAGGAAAUCUCCUCCCGCUCCCCAGGCGCAAGACAGAAUCCUGUACAAUUGCCGACCUGGGAUGUGGCGACGCUCCCCUCGCACGUGGCUGUCAGUCUCUUGUCAAGAAGUUACACCUCAAAUUCCACAACUACGACCUCCAUGCGCCCAAUACUUUUGUCACAAAGGCAGACAUAUCCUCUCUCCCCCUCCGUGAGGGUGAGGCAGACAUUGCUAUUUUUUGUCUGAGUUUAAUGGGCACGAAUUGGCUCUCAUUUGUUGAAGAGGCAUGGCGCAUUCUUCGUGGUGACGGCAAGGGAGAGGUGUGGGUGGCGGAAGUGAAGUCGCGGUUCGGACGAGUCACACGGGGUCCAGGACGUGUUGUCGAGAACAGUGUUGGCAAAAGGCGAAAGCAGCAGAAAUCUAGGAAGAAUGUCGACGAUGAUGGAGAGGAGAUGGGCAACGAGGCCUUUGUGGAAGAAGCUGAUGGCAAUACUGACGAUGAGACGGACAUUUCGGCUUUUGUCAAAGUAUUCUCACGACGUGGCUUCGUCCUUCGUGAAGAUUCCGUUGACAAGGGCAACAAGAUGUUUGUCAGUAUGGUAUUUGUCAAGUCUGGUGUUCCUACAGCAGGAAAACACAAGGGUCUCAAAUGGAACGGGCAUGAGUAUCAGCGGUUACAAGACGGGAAGAUGAAGUUUGUAGCUGGCCAUGGAGACGACGAAGAUAUCCCUCCCGAGAAUGAGGCAAAAGUUCUGAAGCCAUGUGUCUACAAGACUCGAUGAGCUCGAUGGGGACUUGAAACGUACAUGUACAUGGAUAGAUUAAUGGUCACGGGCGUGGGGUCUGGGACUUUCUGCAAAUCAAUCAUAAAGUCUGUUGUUAGCCACCAUCGUGGUGGACAAAGACUGUUCAUGAUCGCGACCGAUGGC